CCUGAACCAGCACCCGCGGCAGACAUUGCACCGCAGGAGGGGGAUUCUUCUGACGACGGAAUCGGGCCAAUGCCGACAGAUGAGCGUGUUCCUGAGCUUACUGAGCGCAGCUUUGGUGGUGCCCUGUUGCCGGGCGAAGGCUCGGCGAUGGCGGCGUUUGUACAGUCGGGGGAGCGGAUCCCGCGCCGCGGCGAAAUCGGCAUGGACCCGAACCUGAUCGAGCGUCUAGAAAAGUCUGGUUACGUGAUGAGUGGAAGCCGCCACCACCGCAUGAACGCUGUGCGCGUGCGCAAGGAGAACCAGAUUAUCAGCGCCGAGGAGAAGCGCCAGCUACUGCUGUUCAACCAAGAGGAGCGCAAGAAGAAGGAAGCGCAGCUGAUUGCGGAUUAUAAGGAGAUGCUGGAAAAGAAGAAGUAG